CUAAAAUAAUCACACACUUUUCAAGAAUUUACCAGUCCCCCUCUCUCCCCGUGACCAAAAACGCCCCAUUUUUGCUUUCAAAUAUCAACCUCAAAGCUUUCAUUUUUCUCUCCACUCUCACUAAAACCUCUCUAUUUCUCUACAAAUUAUCAAGUGAGUUAACAAGAAGAAGAAGAGAAGAAGAAGAAGGGUUUUAAUGGAGGUGAAAUACAUUAAUGGUGUGAUAAUCUUCUUCACUUUCAUCACUCUGUUUCUCCAACAGUUUACUGAUUCCUCAACACUUGUGGUUGAUGGGGUUUCUCAAUGGAAGAACCCUAGUGUUCAAAUUGGUGACUCCAUUAUUUUCAGGCACAAAUACAACUACAGUCUAUACAUUUUCAAGAACAGAAGAGCCUUCAAUUUGUGCAACUUCACUGAAUCAACUCUUCUCACUCCUUCAGCUCCCACCUUCACUUGGCAUCCAUCGCGUCUUGGCUCCUUCUACUUCGCCUUCAAAAACGUCUCCACAAAAGCCUGCGACGACGACCACAAGCUCGCCAUUAAAGUCUACUCUUCUCACACGCCGGAAAGUUCACCGGCGCCACCACUCCCUCAACCACCGACGGCGGCACAGCCACCCUCUGGGAAUAUUGUAUCUGCAACUCCACCGUCUACUAGCUCCGGUGGUGGUCAUGGGAAAGCUGUAUCCUCAACCCCACCGCCUACUAGCUCUAGCGGCGGCGGCGGCGGCGGUGGAGGUGGAGGUGGAGGGAUUGUAUCAUCGUCUCCAUCUUACCCAUGGCCUAACCUUCCACAAGAACUAACAUCUCCUAGCCCAUCUCCGAUGAAUGCAAUUUUUCCGACGGGUGGGCCGAUGGGUGGUGGUCCAAGAAAAGGCGGCAGUUCUUUACCGUUCAUCAACAGUAAUCCGGCGGUGCCCUUGCCGACCGGAGAAGUGGAUUCCGCCACCAUACGACCGGUGCCUAGCUCUUGUGAUCAUAGAUUAUUACAGGUUGUGGGGUUUGUAAACGUUGUUAAAGCUUUUUGGUGUGUGGUUUUGUUAGUGGUGUUGCUGUGAAAAUGGGUGGCAGGUUAUGUAUAAAGAGAAAGUGGAUUGGGGUUAGGGUG